AUGCUGCCAGUCGACGCCCUUUUCUAUGACUCCUCCGACAGUCAAUAUCCGCCAAUAUCUCGUCAACUUUCUCCCAAGCCCGACACUGCUGUGCAGCCCACUGCUCGCCAUCCAGCAUACGCCACGAUGAACCCUUCUACAGCCCAAUACUCUCAGCGGCAUCUGCAUCCUUCCCAGUCUACAGCCUAUCCGACGGCGCACCCGGCUUCACCCAAGAAGAAGCACGUCUGUCCGACAUGCGAACGCGCUUUCACCACCAGCGGACACCUCGCUCGACACACCAGGAUUCACACCGGCGAACGCAACCACAAGUGUCCGUUUCCGGGCUGCGAAACGCGCUGCUCCAGGCAGGACAAUCUGCAACAGCAUUAUCGGAUCCAUCUCACGCCCGGCUCACGGCGAAGCACAGGAUCUGCAACCAGAGCCGCUGCGAGCCGCGCGAGGAGUACAUCCGAGGUUUCUUCUUCGGGCCGGCGUGAUCUGCAGCGAAGGGGAAACAAGAACGCUUCAGCGCCCACCCCUCCUCCCGCAGUCCCGUCCCCCCCCAUCGAUCCACCUCCCCUGGUGCAAGCUUAUCCUGUGGCUGCCUCGGUUGCUGUUGCCUCAGAGCCUCCGGACACUCCUCCGCCUCUCGUUCAGGCGCCGCUCUCAGCGCUCCUGCCACCUCACGUCUUGGCGGCCCUACCACCGCCGGACAGCAGGUCGAGCCACGCUUCAACAGCGUCGACCCCGGAUUACGUGUAUCAUUCUCCACAGGCUCCAGCUAACCCUGAGCUGCAUUCAUCCGCACGGAGUAAUCAAUAUUCGCCGCAACACUCGUACUCCUCGUCUUUCAGCACCUAUUCUUCUCCUGUCUCCCUUAACCAGCGCUCGCAGUGGGAAUCCGGCAGUCAGUCUGGUACCUACUAUGAGCCAGAUCAUAUUUCCGAGAGCCCUGGACCGACCUACAAUCAUCCUAGUUCGUGCUCUUCCCGCAUUGCAAGUCCAGAGGACUAUUAUCAAGGAGAGACACACGACAUGUCCUACGCGUAUGUCGAGCCCCGUGAGUUGGAAUACUCCGACUCCGCGACUUCCCACGUCUCCUCCCAACCUACUUCUUCUUUCGGGAGCGUGGGCAGUCAGAUACAGCAAGUUCAUCACGCCCAUGUCAGCCAGGAACCGCUACAGUACACUGCCACUGCGGCAGCUUCCUCUUCACGUCAUUCCAUCGCGCAUAUCUCACACCCGUUUUCGCAGUCUUCGCCUUCUCCCAUAAGCUCUCUGUCGCCGAAUCGGUCGCAUCCUCCCACUCUCACUGCUGCAUAUUCGACACCCUCCUCAGCUACGGUGUCAGUAUACCACCAACCUCACGACGUCUCUGCAAGUUUGCCUCCCAGCCCUGUGCACGCUUCACACAUACCCGUCGAGCAGGAUCCGGCAGGCUACACACCUGUGGGACAUUCUCGGCCUCGCGCCUACACGCAUGCACAGGCCAGUGCCGAACAAACACACUCCGAUUACUCGACUCCUUCGCCACUCCGAGAGCAACCGUGUGCCAACGUCUACCCCGGAAGCGUGAACAUGCACAGCUAUUUCUCGGGCCACGGUGUACCUUUCGGUCGGUAUCACUCUCCGCCGCCCACACUCGCGCCCAUCCACACGUCGAGGGAUUCUCCCGAGAUGGACGUCCAGCAUCACGUCAACUCGCAGACACUCACAAAAGAGUACCCCAUAUCUCAUACGUCCGGUCAAUUCUAUCCCCAUUCGCAUCACAAUGGCCCUCACCACCCUCAGUCUUCGCCACAGGAUGCUGACGCAUCGGAAGAUGUGGAGCAGCUGCAAGCGUCGGGCCAUUACGUUCCUCUCCGGCAGCCACAGCCUUUGCACCCAGUCCACGCAUACUCGCAAGGUUUCAACUCAUAUUCAUCUCUCUCUUAUGCACACCAAAACGAGCCAGGAUAA